AUGUUGGAGAAGAAGUUUACUAAUAAAGAUUUAGGAAUUGAGUUAAAAUCAUUUAUUGACAAACAGCAAAAUGUUUGGUUCAUAGGAAAAGAUGUUUCAACUAUUCUAGGUUAUAGUGAUACUGAUCAGUCUAUUAGAAAACAUGUUGACUCUGAAGACCAAAAAUCUUUUCCCGUCGUUUCGACGGGUUAUUCCAAAAGAGGUAGACCUCCUAUUUUUAUAAAUGAAUCAGGUUUCUACUCCCUUUUGUUAUCCUCAAAAUUAGAAAAAGCUAAGAAGUUCAAAAAUUGGGUAACUUCACAAGUUCUUCCAUCUAUAAGAAAAUGUGGAUUUUAUAAAAUGUUUGACAACCCAAAUAACAAAAUGUUUAAAAUAGAAAAUGAGACAGACCUUCACUUCAAAGUUGUUGAACUAAUUAGAAAAUAUUACCCAGAUUCUAUAUUAGUAGCCGGUUUGGGAGAGAAUCAAGAUACUGAGGAAAAGAGACUAGAUUCAUAUAAGAAAGGUUAUCAACGAGGUCAACCAGAUCUAAUGAUAUUAGAUUAUCACAUUGGAUAUAAAGGUCUCUGUAUUGAAUUCAAAUCACCAACUAACAAUUACUGUGUAUCAGAAUCUCAAAUAAAGAUGAAAGAGAAGUAUCGUAGUAACGAUUACGCAUUUAUUCUAAGUAAUGAUUAUGAUAAGAUCAGCAAAAAUAUACAUAAGUAUAUG